AUGCCAAAGAGCCUACAGUCAAUACUCGGCGGCGGCAAUCGCGUCAGAAAGCCCUCACGACCUACCGGCCCGCGGCCGUCGUCCGCCAACACCACGCCCUCAGCCUCACCCCGCAAGAAGCCGGGCGGCUCGCAGAAGAAGAACGCCGCCGCCGCCGCCGACGACGACAACGGUGAGCUCUUCACAGACAAGCUCGAGGACGCCGGCAUCGCGACGCUUCUCGUGACGGAGCUCAGUCUGCGAGAUGUGAUCCAGGCGAUGCGGUACAUCCGCGCGCACAUGUUCACGCCCGUGCCCGAGACGGGCUUCGCGUCCACGCGGCGCACCGAGCUGCUGCGCCGGCGCGCCACCAUGCCGCCGCUCGUCACCGCCGGCCACGUGCACGCCGUCCUCGCCCGCGGGAGCCCGACGCGCGUAGAGCGCGAGAUUGCCGAGCUUCUGGGCCGGGGUGCGCUGCGCCGCGUGCGUGUGGAGCGGCGUGGGACCGCGGGCGAGGCGCUCAUCGAGACGACGCUGCUCCUCGCCAUGCUGCGCGCCAGCCGCGCGGUGUCGCCGGCGACGGCCGAGGCGUACGUGCGCUUCCUGCAAGACAACCCGAUGGCGCAGACGCUCGGUGGGGGUGGCGGCGGCGGCGGCGGCGGCCGGGCGCUGGACGACGCGCAGGUGGACGAGCUGGUGCGCGCGGGCUUCCUGACCAGCGCUGCGACUAGUUCCGCGCCGGCGACGACCCUGCACGUCCGGCCCGAGGACCGCGUAACGCUGUCGGCUGUCGGCGGGCAAAAUGCGGUGCACCUGGCCGGUGGUGGCGGCUUGGCGGCCUCGGCGGCGGCGGACGACUGCUACCGCGUCGCAAUUCCUGGGCACGGCCGCCACCUGAAGCUCGCUGAGGACGCCCUCAGCUGGCUGCGCGAGACGCUGGGCCGGACGCGAUGGGGCGAGGGCCCCGAGGACUGGCUCCGUGAGCGUUUCGAGGGCGGCGGCCUACACGGGCCGCGGUGGAGGGACCUGCACGGCCUCGAGUGGACAUGGGUGCUUGGCGAGGCCGUCGGUCUGGGCGUCGUGGAAGUGUUCCAGACAGGGGCGGUUGGUCGUGGGGUGAGAGCCCUGGGGAGUUGA